UCUCAAUCAGUCGUGCGUUAGAAAAUCAGUGGAAAUAUUCACAGCACCUUUAGAAAGAAAGGAAAAACAAAGUGAAAAGUUAUGGCUUUUGUUAAGAAAUUAGUGGUGGCCCUUUCUCUAAUUUCUGUUGUUUUAAGCGAAGAAGAUAAAAAGCCAACGGGUAUUAAGUAUGAAAAGUUCGAAGUGUCACCUGGAUCGGAAAAAUACAUGACUUACAAGAUGGACGCAAAGCAACUCAACGAUACCGCUUUCACAAUGGCAAUGGAAAUGGAACAAUUGGAGGAUAUGGAUAAUAACUGGGAAACAACGAUGACGUUCCAUUAUAGUCCAAAGAACGAUGGGAAGUACGAGGAAGUUUUUAAACUUCCAAAAGAAAAAGUCUGUGAUUACAUGGAAGGAGAAAUUUACAAGGAACAUAUCUACCCACAAUUCAAGGAUUUAUCCAACUUUCCAGAACCUGGAACUUGUCCAGUUCCAAAGGGAUCUUACAAAGUAGAAGAACAUGUUGUCAACAUUGAUGAUGCGAAAGCUUUGGGAAAAAUUGGGGGAUGGCGUGUAGACACUUCUUUCUUCAAAGAUGGCGAACUUGUGUCGGAAAAUAAAUUAUUCUUUACAGUCUUUUAGAAUGCUGAAAAUAAAAUCCCCAUAAUUUCCCUGUGAGAAAAUUUUAAGUUUUCCCAAAAAUAAAAACAGUUUUGUUUGUAAAUCUCUCAAGCAAGAUGCACAAAUUGAUGUUAAAUGAAUAAUUAUAUUGAAAAUAAAAAAAAGAAAAAUUGAA